GAUGUUGGAGGAUAUCCAGAAAACAUUCACCUGGAGAAACAAAGCAUGGGAUUUUUGUGUGAUCUCAUUAAAAAGGAAAGGAGGCAGUCCUUCAAGGACGUGGCUGUGACCUUCACCAAGGAGGCACUGGGACUGCUAGACUUGGCCCAGAGGAAGCUGUACCAUGAAGUGAUGCUGGAGAACUUCUGGAACUUGGUGUCCAUGGGUUAUCAACCCUUCACAUUAGAUAUAAUACUCCAGUUGGGGCGAGAAGAGCAGCUUUGGGUGAUGGAGCCAGAAACCCGAGGAGAUGAGUGUUCAGGACACAGGAAUCAAAAUGAAAUAGAGACUCUUCAAGAAGUAGGACUAAGACACAUUUUGCAUGAAGGCCUUAUGUGUGGGCAGAUAUGGGAACAAUUCACAAAUAAAUUAACCAGGACUCUAAGUCUGCAAGGCAAGAAGUCCAAAUUGCUAAAACAAGUUGAUUCCUCCUGUCGGGUGUGGGCAGGAGAAUCUGCUGAGGUUGCUGAAGAUGAGAACUGUGUGGGAAAGCUUCAAGGGGAUAGUUCUAAUUGUGUUGGCAAUCAAGAGCUUCAAAUUCAGACCUCCUGAGAUUUCUGGAGGAAAAUGGAUCUGAGAGAUCAGAAUUAUCAGAGUAGGUAUCAGCAAAUUGACAUAAAAAAUAAACUGUGGCCUUGUGAUCAUUGCAUCAUGAGAAUGAUCUCUCACCAUGGUGAUCAGAAAGUACACAAAAGCAAGAUGGCAUUUGGCCACAAUAAUUGUGGAAAAGACUUUGUGAAGAACACAUUCCAGCAUAGCAUCAUCCACUCGGAAGGUCAGACCUCUGAUGAGAAUGGAAAAGGCAUCAGCCUUGGCUCUGAUCUUGAACUUCAGCAGCAGCUGCAAGUAGGAGAGGAACCCGGUAUGUGUAGUAAGUAUGGGAAGGGCUUGGGUCAGAGCUCACAUAUGCAAACCCACCAGAGAGCCAACCCAGGGGAGAAACCUUACAGAUGUCUAGUGUGUGCUGACUGCUUCAAUCAGAACUCCUCCCUUCGUGCUGAUGAGCCCAUUCACCCCAGGGUGGAUCUGUAUAGGUGUGGCCAGUAUAGAAAGGGCUUCAGUCAUGUCUUAGACCUCAACAGUUGCUGUGUGGACAACACUGAAGAGAAAUCUUGGAAAUGUGAGCUGUGUAAAGGCUUCAAUAAGAUAUCACAACUUCAAGCCCAUCAAACAGCCUACCCUAAAAACAAAACAUCCAAAUGGAACACAUGUGACAGGAUGUUCAGCCAGCGCUCUGGUCCUCUUCAGAAAGUUCACACUGGAGAGAAACCAUAUAAAUGUGAGGUAUGUGGGAAAGACUUCAGUAAGGCCUCAUACCUUCAAGACCACAGAAUCCAUACCGGGGAGAAGCCCUACAAAUGUGAUGUGUGUGAUAAGAACUUCAGCUGGAAUUUCCAUCUUCAGGCCCAUCAGAGAGUUCACACAGGAGAGAAACUAAAAUGUGAUAUAUGUGGCAAGGACUUCAGUCAGAUUUCCCAUUUUCAGGCCCAUCAGAGAGUCCACAUAAGGGAGAAACCCUACAGAUGUGAUAUGUGUGGGAAAGGCUUCAGUCUGAGCUCACAUAUUCAAGACCACCAGUAGGUCCACACCUGAGAGAAACCCUACAUGUGCAAUGUGUGUGGGAAUGGUUUCAGUUGGAGCUCACAUCUUCAAGCCCAUCAGAGAGUCCAUAUAGGGAAGAAACCCUAAUGUGAAGAAUGUGGGAAAGGCUUCAUCUGGAACUGAUACCUUCACAUUCAUCUGAGUACCCACACAGGAGAGAAACCCUAUAAGUGUAGCAUGUGUGGGAAGAGCUUCAGUCAGACCUCCCAUCUUCAUUGGAGGGUCCAUACAGGAGAGAAUCCCUACAAAUAUUUUGACUGUGGUAAGGGCUUUAGCAAGAGUUCUUGUCUUCAGGUUCAUCAGAGAGUCCAUAAGUAGUGAUCAGUCCAGUACACAUGACAAGUGAUAAAAAUUUCUUCAGAGCUGAGACAUGACAUUUUCAUCAGAAAACCUGCACAGCAGGGGCUAUUUAUAAAAUGUUUUAAGAAUUUUCGAGGAAGCUGUAUUUUUUACAGUCAUCUGAAUUCCAGUGAGGAGACCUACUUGUAUGAGUAUGGCUAGUGUGUCCAACAGAGACCAAAAUGUCACAGUUUUCAAGAAAAUAUACAGCAGAGAAACCCUGUAAGGAUGGUGCAGUGGGUUUCAAUCAGAACUUUCACAUUCAAUAGAAUCUACACAGGGGAGGCUUUACAAUUAGAAGUGCUCUUAGGACUUUAGCAAAAGUAUAAUGAUGGACACAACAAAAUCCAUGUCCACUAGAAUGUAGAUUUCAUAGGGGCAGGAAAUCUGUUAGCUGCUAUACAGUCAUGACCUGGCACCAGUGCCAAA